GACUGGACUGAAUCAGUUGGUAACGUCAACGGGCAAUGAAGUGUCUUCUGGUGAUCUGCUGCCUGUUGUGUGGAGCUCAAGCAUGGCUCGGAGGACUCAGGAUGAUGUACAGGCCAAAGACGCUCCCAGUGGAUGAACGUGGUCCUCCAGUGGGGGACGCCCUGUUUCUCACACCUUACAUCCGCCAAGGAAGACUGGAGGAAGCCCGAAACCUAAGCCGUGUGGGACCCAUUGGCACCGAUCCCGAACUUGAGAGUUAUUCAGGCUUCUUCACUGUCAAGGAACUUUACCACAACAACCUCUUCUUUUGGUUCUUCCCCGCUAAGGAGGAGCCAUCAACCGCUCCGGUGAUCCUCUGGCUCCAAGGCGGGCCUGGCGGUUCGUCUUUAUUUGGCCUGUUUGUGGAACACGGCCCGUACAGAGUAACCGCGGCCGGAAAUGCCCAGCUACGCAAUCUCACGUGGGCUCGCCAGUUCUCCAUGCUGUACGUGGACAAUCCCGUCGGGGCGGGCUUCAGCUUCACUGAAGACGAUGCCGGAUAUGCACGCAACCAGACUGACGUCGCCAAUGAUCUCUAUGAAGCGCUGCAACAGUUUUUCACUCUUUUCCCGGAGUAUAAGAAAAAUGAUUUCUAUGCAAGCGGAGAGUCAUAUGCAGGUAAAUACGUGCCAGCCAUCGCCUACAAAAUCCACACUGAAGGCAUCAAGGAGUCGGGCAUAAACCUACGGGGCAUCGCCAUUGGCGACGGCAUGUGCGACCCGGAGACCAUGUUCGACUACGCGGAUUUCCUGUACCAGGUAGGACUGGUUGACAGGAACCAAGCCAGUUUCAUUCGUCGCGAGAGCGAGCGGGCCAGAGACUUGAUUCGACAAAAACGCUUCAUGGAGGCAUUCUACAUCUUCGACAAACUACUCAAUGGCGACGAAACCAACUCUUCGUCCUACUUCCAGAACGUCACAGGGCUGAACUUCUAUUACAAUUUUCUUCUCGCGCAGUCGCCACCAGAAUUUGACUUCUAUCACACAUUCGUGCAGGCACCAAGGAUUAGAAAAUCCAUUCACGUUGGAGACUUACCUUUCAAUGACGGUAGCAAGUGCGAAGCACAUCUUCUGGAUGACAUGAUGCGAUCUGUGAAGCCAUGGGUUGGGACCCUUAUGGAUCAUUACAAAGUGCUCAUCUACAACGGCCAGCUCGAUAUUAUCAUAGCUUAUCCUCUAACGGAAAACUUCGUGUCCACGAUUUCGUGGCAUGGGGCACACGAGUACGCCCAUGCACCACGGAAAAUAUGGAGACUGCCGUCUAAAGAGAAUGAUGUUGCUGGAUACGUGAAACGAGUGGGCAAAUUCUUCCAAGUGCUUGUAAGAAACAGUGGACACAUUUUGCCCUACGACCAACCUGAAUCGGCCUUUGAUCUGAUUACGCGUUUUGUGCGGGACCUGCCCUUCGAUGAGUGAACCCAAUGUGUGUAUACCGCUGUCACACGGGCGUUUCAAUGGUCGGUGGUUGGGGAAAUGCAGCAGCAAGUGACGCGGACGAAUGGCAAGAACAACGAUCAGACAGAAACGGCUGCAACACCGUGUCCGUGUCUGUAGCUGCUGCAUUAUCCCCACCAUAAAAAGUCACGAACUACCCGGAUUUAUCCCAGUUGUGAUCGUUGCAAUGAUCCCUGAAAUGAAAUCAAUCGAACUGAAUGGUAAUCAGACUCUGCUACACGGCCCCUAUCAACUACCAUUGACUGGAAUCGUCCUCACCGCGAUGGACGUUCGUGAAACGCCAUUGAAUCAUUCGAGGGCCCUCGAUAACUGCUGCUGGCAGCUUCAUGAUCAGCGAACAAACAAGCGCUAACCGAGCGUGCACUUUAAACAUGUGACAACUUCUUUGAACGGUCCAAAAAUUUUAGUUGCGGGUGUCACAUGUGGCUGGUAUUCGGAAAUGUACUGUUCUGCUUUCGACAUCAGGCACGGUUGUACAAAAGUGUGCAUUAAAUUAAAGUUACAUGUGAUGAAUACUCUGAACAACUUUAAAAUUCGAGAAUCGUUUUUUGCCUUGCAUUUGACGUUACGAUAUACGCCAUUCUUUUACCCCAAAUUUAAGCAGAUGGUUCAGACGCACGCGCAUAGUUCCAUCGGGCGUACAGCGUGUCAACUGCUCAAGGAGCAUUGGAUCGGCUUGUGUUGCAGCGGAACAGCGUCAAGGGUGCUCGAAAUGAUCAAUGGCUGUUGCCUUCAAUGACCAUUCAAAUGCUGGUGUCACAGCGGUAUCAAAUAUAUGAAAAUAAGAUAUGUUAUUGUCUUUUGAUUAUACUGCGCGCCUUGAAAUUGUGGUUCAGAAUUUGCAAUGAAAGCACAAAACGCCUGAGGUGCUCUUGCGCCCCCUCGAGACGAUGUGAGGUACAUGACAGGCUGUACCAUCAGCUCUACGAGGAAUGCAGACGGUAAACGUGCACUCGAUCAUAAGCUUGCAUUAGAUUAAAAUCGGUACAAAUCUAUGAUUAAUUGACCAUACCUUUGUUUGCUAAACUGGAAGAAAUAAUUAAAUUCCUGAUGUCAUCUAACGAGUUUAUGGCACUUUCAAGAGUACACCCUCAUGUACCCUGUAGACAGAAACCACGUAAUAUGCUCGUCCAUUACACGACGUAAACUGAAAACAGCGCAGUUUUAUUACACAUUUGCUCAGCUUAAAAAAAUAUGCUGAUAUUCCACUGAAUCACGAGUACUUCUGCAAACAGACUGCAACGACAACUUUAUUCCACGUUUGGCUAAUAAACACAAACUGUACACGAUGCUGCACAUACAAAUACGUUUGGAGAAUGAGUAUUAUAAUACAUAAUACUAAUGCUCCAAAGUAUUACAGGUAUAGCAUUAUAAUACAAAGUACUAUUACUGCUCACGUCCGGAAUAUUUCAAGUUUCUGUUAAAAAAAAAUCCAGCUAUUUAAAAUUUGCAACUGCGUACCUCUUGGAAUUCUGUUCAACCCCUGACGUAUGAAAGUGUAUGAAUUUUUAUUAAAGCUGCGUUGAAAUGCAA